AUGGUCAAGCCGCUGUCCUUCAAGGGCGACAAGCCCAAGAAGCGCAAGCGCGCGCGCGCCGCCGCCGCCACCACCGACGACGACGACGACAGCAAGGACGGCUCCUCGAGCAAGCAGCUGCGCUCGACAACGGCCUCCGCCGCCGCCGAGCCUAUUGCCGACGACGACACCUGGGUCGCGGCCGACGCGCCGUCCGACGUCUCCGGCCCCGUCAUGUUUGUGCUGCCGACCGAGCCCCCCGCGGCGCUGGCCUGCGACGCGGCCGGCAAGGUCUACAUCCUGCCCAUCGAGAACAUGGUCGACGCGAACCCGGCGACGGCGGAACCACACGACGUCCGCCAGGUCUGGGUCGCGAACCGCAUCGCGGGCACGGAGCACUUUCGCUUCAAGGGCCACCACGGACGAUAUCUCGCCUGCGACAGGAUUGGCCUGCUCUCCGCGCACUCGGAAGCCGUCUCGCCGCUCGAGACGUUUGCCCUCGUCGCCACCGCCGACACGCCGGGUACAUUUCAGGUGCAGACGCUGCGCGACACGCUCCUCUGCGUCACGUCGACGACGGGGGCUGCUUCUGCCACGCGCGACGAGGUCCGCGGCGACGCCGACACCAUCUCCUUUGCCACGACCCUGCGCAUCCGCAUGCAGGCCCGCUUCAAGCCCCGGAUCAAGGCGUCCAAGGAGGAAAAGGCCCUUGCCAAGAUCAGCCGGCGCGAGCUCGAGGAGGCUGUCGGCCGCCGCCUCGACGAUGACGAGGUCAGGAAGCUGAAGCGGGCGCGCCGCGAAGGCGACUAUCACGAGACGCUGCUCGACGUCAAAGUCAAGAGCAAGCACGACAAGUUUAGCUGA